AUGGCGACGUCCAUUACGAGCUUAGCAACGCGUCUCUCAUGUGUCAGUUUUGACAGAAAGGGUGGAAUUUCACGUCCGAAUACAGUGGAAGAAACUCAUGAAAACUCAACAGAGUCCUCCCGUACCACAAGGCCACAAUCAGCGAAACUGUCAGUUACUUGCACUCCAGUUAUUCUGGAGUUUCGGCGCUUGUUCCAGAGUGCAAAGUUUACGACUGUCAACGUCAUUCCCGGGGUGCCUAACAGAGAGUUACUCCAUGCUGUGAUAGCUCUGUAUGAUAUGUGCCUUCCUGACAUUACUCCAGAGGUAUUGUACUUCACUGUGUGUGGCAAAUGGGCCAAAACGUUGAUGCUGAUCAGAGAUACCCAUGAUGUUGCAGAAGAAUUGAAAUCAAAGGGUGCUGAUAAAGAUGGACUUGGUGUUCCCAGGGACGUUGGUAGCUCUAUGGCUAAUGGCUGCCAGUUGACAUCUGACCUGACGGUUACGGAUCUUGAGCCGUGCCGAGUUCAAGAAUCACCUAGCCAGUGCAGUCCGAUCAACGGAGCUACAGAUCAAUCCAGAACUGACAACGGAGAUGAGGAGGAAGUUGAUGAUCACGGGGAUAAUGAGGCACAAGGAGAAGAAAAGCCUGGAGAGGAGACUAGUAACCCUACCGCCGCUGGAGACAGCAAAGAGAAGAAAGGAAUAUUUGUAGACGUCUUCAGUGACACCGAAAGUGAAGACAGCCCCGACAGUGACGAGGAUGAGGAAGACUUCACUGAGGGCCAGGAUGCCUUCCUGAGGCUCGUCAAAGAGAGGAGAGAGAGGAGACAGUUAGCCUUUUCUCAAGGCCAAGAUCCAUCCCCUUAUAUUGGGAUUGAAUCCAGGCUUGUUGCGUGUGCCACUUGGGAAAAGUCUACCCUUCGUCCCGGAGAAAGGAACGUGCAAAUAGACCUACUGGCUGUCAGAAAGAGGUUCAGGAAACUUGGAAUUGGAAAACAUUUGCUGCAGACUUUGAAAGAUGUUUCUGUAGUGGGGCUGUACGAUGCCUUGGUGGUAUAUGCCGACAAUUCCGCUGUGGAUUUCUUUGGUCAUUACGGCUUUGAUGAUGACAUUGUCCUCAAUAGCAAGUUCUCCGAUCUAGCUGACAACUGGACUAACUGCACCCUCAUGUGCUACCUACCGCCAUUUUCAGGCCAGACCAUAAUGACCGAAUCGGACGCGGGGCUGGAUCUCAAGUUGAUGGAGCUGGAACUCCAGAAGUGGUCCCUCAAGAGCCGGGAGGCCCACCAGGCCCAGAUGGCCUGCGCCAUGAAGCUCAAACAUGAGGUCAUCUCGCUUAGGGCCCUGGUCAGUUCCCAGCAGGAACUCAUUCAGUCGCUCACUCGCGAGCUGGAGGACCUGGGCGCUCAUAACUUUCACUUGGAGAAGGACUACCUUCAACAGCAGCUGUCCAACCUAGCCAUAAAUAUUGGUUCUAAAGUUCACAAUCACGCUGACCAAGAUAAUGAUUCUACAGAUAAUGUAGAGACUGCUAAGUUGAUACAGGAUUUGGAGCGGAGGAUAACAGCACUUGGUGUCACUGGAUCUGAGUCUCCCACCUCCUCGGAUGAUUGCAUCAACUGGCAGAUUGCGGAGGAGUUUAGGCUGAGCAUGGACGACUCAGUCAUGGCAGGCAUGUGCGUCGUAACUAAAACAAUCAAGGCUAAUGUUUCACAGUCCGGUGUUGAGAUGUUCAGCACGAGGUGUCGACUGUUGCGUGACCCAUCCCUUCACACCAAGAUGUACCUGUGUGGAACCUUACAACAUCCUGAGAGAAUCCCAGAAAUUCUGUCCAAUGGCUUCACUGAGCAAGAUUUCAGCCAUGGAGAGUUUGGCGUGGGCCUGUACGUCAGUCAACAUGCUUCCAAGGCGGCUCAUUUCUCAGCGCUGGGAAAGCUUCUACUUGUUGAGGUCGGACUUGGCACGACGGACUCAGUGGUGAAGGCAGACAACACCAGAGUAGCUCCACCCGAAGGAUUUGAUUCCAUUGUGACACCAGGGAGGCUGUCUUUGUUAAGCGGUGGGGACGCAAUGAUUAGUGGUUGCCAGGAGUACGUCAUCUUUGAUCCGCAUCAGGCUCUGCCGCUUUGCCUUAUAGAAUACAGGCUAGAGUGAGGCCACAAGACGAAGGUAGUUGAACCAAAAGGUACUGACCAGGGACUGCUGAGUAAAUGGGUAAAUGGCAGGGCCCUCGGUCUGUGCUGCCGAAAAAGGUGGAAAAGAUAGCUUAGCGACUUUAUGAUGUAAGCAGUGAUUUGCCGAGAACCAGUUGCAACCAAUGCCAACCACGUGGUGCUUUUGACUGGUAAGCUGUUUUUGCUGAGCAUGUGUUUUCUUUGCUUAUCAAAUUUCUGUGUUAGGCAACCCCAUUUAUUAUUGCCAAAACUGAGCCUUUUUUUGUGGCCAAGAGCCCUCCCUUGGCCACGGUAAAGGCUCAAUCCAGAACCAAAACUUUGUGACCACCGUUGCUCCCCUCCCUGGGACAAUCUGCACUUGACUGUGGCUCUGUCUUCAUUACCAGAAACUGGGAUCGUAAGUAAGACGAGGGCUCCAUCUCAGCAUUGCUACUAGAGGCAAUAACAACACUCUAAGAAAUAAAGGUUCACAUUUGCACCCCUGUCAUUGAUACAAUAGCAGGACCAAUUACUAUGGUGCAAAGCUAUCCCCGGUAUAUGGUGUAUGCUCCCCUGUAGGUGCACGCAUGCCCAGGUAGGGGUGCACCCACCCAAAUUGGGGUGCUAGUUUGCCCCAUUUACUAUGGAUGCUGCUAUUGUAUUAAUGGGGGUGCGAAUGGGAACCUUUAUUUCGUAGAGUAAAGAAUGUUAUUGCAAGUUGACACAGGUGGAUAAUUAAAUCUUUGUUUUCAUCCUCCAAAACACCUGCUCGUUUCAAAACACUUGCUCGUUUCGAACACCUGUUUGUUUCAGACACCUGCUCUUUUCAAAACACCUGCUUGUUAAUGCUAAUUAAUUACUUCCACCAGUAGGGACUAAUCUCAGUUUCCUGGUACUAACUGUUAAAAAUAUUCAAACUUGAAGAUAUCUUGUGUGAAUACUAAACAGUUUUAUUUUCUCUAAAGGUAUUGACCACAUAUUUUCCUUUUGCAAAUCUUUGAAAGUUGUGGAUACAUUUGUAUUACAUACUGCGUAGAUUUGUACAUUCCAUCCAUUAGGACUUGACAGCAUAAUGGAGACCACAGUUGUGUACUCUGUUUUUAUUUUUAUUAGUUUUUUAAAUUUUUGUCACCAUUAUAAUGAUUUAUUGUAUUGUUGAUUCAUCACCGGCUGUGGGCAAUACAGCAGAAAUGAGACUAUGAUCCUGCAAAGGACACUUUUUCUAAAAACAGAAGAGUACAUGUAUGUGAAUCCAUCCAGUUCAUUCACAAGUCAAGUAUUAAACAGGGUUAUGGGGUGAAGACUGGACAGGUAUUGUGACUAAAUAUGACUUGAUUAAUGUUCACAGUUUGUUUCAUGUCUGUAAUUCCCCUGAUUCUUUUUCAUGUUAAGAUGUACCAUUCGUCUCAACACCAGUGACUAGACAGUAUGUAUGGAGUGGUUGAAUUACAUGUAUAUGUAAUUAGGUUAUGCCCACUUCCCCUCCGCCGCCCUGCCCCCGUCCAGUCUUAAUUAAGAAUGCAAACUACAUCAAGAAGGAGCUUGGUGUUUUUUUCUGAAAUUAUGAGCAGACCUAUUGAGUGCCAUCUCCAGACGCCCCCCCCCUCCCAGUCGGUCCUGUCUGCGCUCGGUGUUUUCUUUACGCUACCAAGCACCAUGCUUUUAACCCCGCCAUUCUCGUGGCGUGGAGCGUUUCAUUUCCACUCUGGUGAAGUUUAAUUCAUCACCUUCGCCGUUUGUGUGUGUGAUGAAGAUGGUGCCAUCAUGAAACACACACAGAGCGUGAAAUUGCAGAAGAAAAUCAAGAAAUAUAUUGCCGACUGUAAUCCAGCCGGAGAUUGUGCAAGGAAGCGUGGUCAAAAAUACCUUCAAGAUUUAGCUGGGUGAAUUACUUUUUGUUUGAAAGGAAGGCAGCAAUAAUUGUUUAUUUAUAGUUUUAUAAUGACAUUAAUGCUUCGCCAAAAACUAGGAUUUAAGAUCUUUUAACCAUUCUAAAAGACGAUGUUAAUAAGUGUUUUCCAUGGCAGAUGUUGAAAUUAAUUCUUUUAAAGAGCCGUCCAGUAAUUACACCUGUUCAUCGUUAACAGAAAAUGUGUGUGAUGUUGUGAAGAAUAAACUUGCAAACAUUUGUAAGAAACAAGUCAAAA